GAUAUACACGCUCGGCCGUAGGUACACUCCUGUACCUUUCGUUGUAUGUAUGCAUCUGUAUUCGACUACGACGUCCGGAUAAUAAAUAUCUACACAAACAGAAUACAGCGACACAACUGUAGGCUGACAACUAUUUUAGGUGAAACAUUCGAAGUAUUUUGACGCCUGGAAAUUCGUUAUCGUUCUUAUCUUGUACACCGUACAGAAAAUUCACACCCCAACGAAAUAUGUAUAUGUAUACUGCCUUUGAAAUCUUGCAUGUAACAGUUUUAAGAUUCUGUAUCUGUGCUAAUGUCUUCCGUUUAUUGAGCUCUCCAUCCGCACACAGGUAUAAUGAAAGUUUUACUCCUCGCUUGGAGUUCGGUAUAUAGAAACUGAUAGAAAUUCGAAAGGAGAGUUUGUAUUUUUAGAAACAGCCUCGAAUAUAAUCGUCGUGCAGCUUAUCGUGAAAUUUCAGGUUGAAAACAUUCAGUACCGUAGACUGUGUGUUCUGUAGAAUUAGAAAAAAUGUGAUUGUAAAAAUGAAUGAAUAAAUAUAAUGCUUCUACAGUGACGCGGGAAGUCAGGAAUUUAACGACGGUUUUUUUAAUGCGUCGAUUCAAUCAGUCUGAGCUGUAUUGUGUGGUACGAAUUAUUUUUCAAAUCUCAGCAGUCGUAUCACGUAUAAUGGCAGUCGUCUCGCGAUCAAUAUUCAGGAUGCACAUUCGAGAAAUAAUAUUUUCUAUCCAUAUAUAUAUAUAUUAUAUACAUGUCCGUACAUACGAUAUAGCGAUAUUGUGUUUACCGAGUUGCAGUGACAGUGUUGAAAUGGGUUAAGCGUGACCGAAAUCCAGCCGAUGCGCGAUGGUGUCACAAAUUCGCGAAUGGCAUUGUAUGCACUUACUUCUUGCGUGCCAAUAAUUAUAAUUAUACGGUGUCUCUCAAUUAUUUCGUUCCAAUCUCUGGAAUAAUUGUCUAAUUAGUAACGCCUCUACGAUAUUCUCAAUGUAGCUCGUUUAGUUUCACGUUCUCAGCAAAACGUGUUCAAAUCGCAUAAUUCAUAAAUUAUAUUAGACCAUCUGACGUUCCACUGAGAAAGAAAUCUACGGUCGUAAAAUAUCGUGAGAUUGACCUGAUUUUGAAGUGCAGUUGUUUAAAGUUCGGUAGUAACGAGUAAUGUAUUUACACAUUCUGUUUAGAGAACAAUUUAUGCCGAUUGGUUCAGUGUCAUUACACGGGAGCGUUUCAUCGCUCAAAAUAUCACCGUCGUUGGAAAUAUUCAUCGACGAUAUGGACAGAGAUGAUUAGAAUUCAAGCGAAGAACCUUCGAAUAUUGCGCGCAGGAUGUCAUAGGCGGGAAGACACGGCGCAGCGGCGGAAGUUCCCCACUUUUUAAACGCCAGCCAAUCAUCGUGAGUUAUUUCCACCUCCCAGGAAGAUCCCCGAGUCGGUCAUUUCCUCGUGUCUCGUUCACUCAUUCACGGGAUCGUGUCGAGAUAGCUGUUUCGGAAUCCGCCGCAAUCCGCGUUCUGGGUCGGAUAUUACGGUAAAAUAUGCGUGCGAAUAACGAGGUUAUACUUAAACUUUGAGUAAAUUUCGAGUCGUUUCGAAACGCGGAGAUUCGUUCGCGCGUUUCGAUGAGCCAAAGUUUUGCCAUGGAAAAAAGCGACGCUGGGCAAAUCAGUCACGUGGCAAAGCGUUUAACAGCCGACGAGGCGAGCCGAAUACUCGAGCAGAAUUCGCGUUUGGUACCGGAACGCAAGGCUGCGCAAUUCGAAAAGGACGCUAAGAAGCACUGGGAUUUAUUCUACAAGCGAAACGAGACCCGGUUUUUCAAGGACCGGCACUGGACCACGAGAGAGUUCGAGGAACUUCUCGGCCUCGGCGUUGACGACGGCGUUUUGCUCGAAGUCGGCUGCGGCGUCGGGAAUUUAUUCUACCCGCUGCUCGAGGAUGGACUUAAAAUAAGGAAAAUAUACGCCUGUGAUCUCUCUCCCAGAGCCGUUGACUUCGUCAAGAGCCACAAAUUGUUCGAUCCAGAGAAAAUAGUUGCCUUCGAAGCUGAUGUUACCGAAGUUGACUGCUUUUCUGCAAUUGAUCUUCCGGUGAAUGUGGCCACUCUGAUUUUCGUCUUAUCUGCAAUACAUCCAGAAAAAUUUAAAAUGGUUUCUAAACAUUUAUAUGCCGUUAUGAACACUGGUGGGACUGUUUUAUUUCGAGAUUACGGACUCUACGAUAUGGCACAGCUGAGGUUCAAACCGGGACACAAAAUAUCUGAGAAUUUCUAUGUUCGACAAGAUGGAACUAGGAGCUACUAUUUUUCCAUCGAAGAAGUAAGAGACAUCUUCGUUUCUGCUGGUUUUCAAGAGCUCAGCUGCUACUACGUACAGAGACGGACGAUAAAUGUCAAGGAAAAUGUCAAUGUACCGAGAAUAUUUGUUCAAGCUAAAUUCAAGAGGCCAUGAAGGGUGAACAAACUGAUACAGUGCGAUAGUGCCAUGAAAGUUUCAAACUGACGGAGUUAAACUCAUCCUCAAUGAUAAGCAUUGACAAUAAGAUUGAUUAGGAGCAAUUUCUUUGAUGGUGAAAUAUAGAACAACUUCGUGAAAAAUGAGGGAUUAAAUUCCUUUCAAAUUUGAUUCCAACAACGUCUGUAAGAACUUGUCAAUAAAAUUAUUUAGGAGCUACUCGUUUGUGGUUCGAUACAAAACACUUGUUUCCGGCGACCGGAAGUACACAGGGAAUCAAUCAAGAGAUCAAUUUGUUAUAUAUUUUCUUCAAGCAUCACUUGAAAGACCAUAACAUCGAUGAGAUUGUUUAGUGCUUCCCUUUACGUUACAACAGCGAAGAAACUUAUUCGUAUCCAGAGAUAUGAUUGCGGCUAAACAUUUUCAUCUCCAACAUUACAAGAUGACGAUUUUUCGUAACUAAACUGCAAAGGAUGUGCAGUCGUCUGACAUUACCAGUCCGUGGAUCCAGCCAAGUCUGAUAUGGAUGGUUGAACCUGAGCUAAAGAAUCGUAAAUGUUUUUACUUUACAACUGUUGUACGUCGAUAAUAAAUACAUACAAAUAUGACUA